GAACGAAGUUGGCAUGAUCUAAAGAUUAUAAUAGAGGAGGGACGAGUACAUGAACUAGGCAGAAAGGAUCAACAUCAACAAAGGAUGCGCGAACAUUCACUUUGGGUCAAAGACAACUAUUUCACUCUCAGAGAUUACAUACUCUCUGUAUUCUUUGAUUUCCCAGUUUUGGACAUUGACGCAGACAAUCUGGAAGCUUCCAACAACAUCAACAGCAAGAAGAAGAAGAGAGUAAUCGUACCGGAUAACGUAGAACAGAGGAUUGUGUUUAGACCGAAUGACUUCCCAUACAACUGCCAAGAUGACAUCACUCAUUAUGUACUAUGGUGUCUACUACCUUUGUCAAUGGAUGAGGUCAGACAGUACUUGCAACAUCAUCAUUCACUGGGCGAAUACAGUGAGCGAUAUGUAUGUUUCCAGAACCCUGUCUACCUCCAAAGUAUCAAGGAUGUGUUCCACUAUCAUGUAUUUGUAAGAGCUUAG